AUGACAAAUUGUAGACCGCUGUAUUGCGUCCUGGCCGUAGCACUUACAAUUACCGUAGGUUUUUGAUUUCCAAAAAGUAAUAUUUUUGGGUCAAGUUUCUCCCUCAUUUUUUUGAUAAAAGGAGAUAGAAAAUUUCGGUUUAAAAAUAAUUUUUUGACUAUUUACCAUGUAUAUUAUAUAUAAUUUCUCUCUCCAAACCCCAAUAAUUUCAGCUAGCCAGAGCCGACACUUGUCAGAAGCUGGCGAUCUGCGCCCUGGACAAGUGUAUCCCUCAAGCGACGGGUUAUCCGCCAAUCUUCCAGACCGUCGACAAAAUGCUGCAAACCGUGAAUUUUGGCUGUAUUUUAGGGCCUAUGUGCUACAACGAAUGUGCAGCUUGUGAUUCGUGCAAAUACGCGCAAGAUCAGAUCAAAAACUUGCUGUUGAAGGAGGAGACUGGUAAGGAAAUAAAACGUCAAUUGUUUCUGCAAAAUGCGAGCUGAAAAAUUGCGUAAUUUUACUUUUAAAAAAGAAAAUCAUAAUAGAAAUUUUUGCCAAGUUCCAAAGAUGGCUAGAGGCCAUUUUUCUCUUUCUGACCGCUCUCCGAAUUUAGCACACUCUGUCGUUGGUAGGAAAAAAAUAAUUUUUUUUUGUUAAACUAGUAAAUAAUCAAAUAUCGGUUUGUCGGGAAAAUAAUGACGGGUGGCCGCGCCUUGGAAUUGCACAUCAUCGCCUUGCGACGGCAAGCCGCGGCUGGGGAUUUGGUGCGCGACAGCGGCGAGGCGAGACAUUUUGAUGCGACGAUGCGCCGUUAUUUUCCCGACAGACGAAUAGAAUUUUUAUAAAGUCCAUGGAUAUUACGUUGGGUCCCGCACCGUGCACAUAAAAACCCCAAUUUUGCACUGUGCGUCGUUGUAUUUCUGCAAUGUGGCGGGAACUGGGACGAUUGGGGAAAAAGACGAUUGGGGAAACCGAAAAGUAUUGCUUUUUUUGAUGCAAACGACGAAAUUAGAAAAAAAUGAACAUGAUUUUCGAAAUCAGCACCGUCGAAAACCCCUAUAUCCAAUAUUUUUAGAAAAAUUUCAAAAAGUUACUUUUCAACACUACUACUUACAGAUAACUAGUAAACUUCAGAAAAAAUUAACAUGAUUUUCGAGAUCAGCGCCCUUGAGAACCCCUAAAUCGAGUAUUUAUGAGAAAAAAUCAAAAAUUACUACUUUACAGUACUACAUAAGGAAAAAAGUAAGAAUCAAAAAAAUGAAUCUUAUUUUCGAAAUGAGCACCCUCGAUUAUCCUAACUUCGACAUUUGCAUGGAAAAAAUAAUACUUUUCGGUUUCCCCAAUCGUCCAACCCCGAAUGUGGCGUGCCAUAACUUUUUUUUUUAUUUUUUGCUUUUUCUACUCUUCAAUUUCCAGUUGGCCGCUGCCCAAAACUCGAAAGCUGCGCCCGCUCCUGCCUCGAGGACCAAGUCUUGGACCCGUUCAGUUGUGUCUUCAAAAGUCGCUGCGCUCAUCACUGUCUAGAUGAAGAUGAUUGUCCCCCGUGUCGGGACGUGGUAAAGCGCGUCUUCACCGGCUACUGCUACCGAAACGGAUUCAUCGACCAUUACCAACGAAAAUGCAAGCCCAUGUUCGAUGAAGUGGCGCGGGACUACGUUAAGAAUCAUGCUUAA